AUGAGAGCUUCAGUUUUUGCCCUCCUUCCUCUCUUCUUUUUCUUGUUGGCAGAUGCAGGAGCGUCAAGAAAAGAUCCAGCUGAAUACUGGACAAUGGUGAUGAAAGAUGAGGCCAUGCCUCAAGCAAUACAAGGCGUUCUUCAUGAUGAUCCUAUGAUUCAAUCUGAAACAAAACCUCAAUCCCACAAUGAUCUCCAAUCCAAUCAUGAGGAAAAGUUUAUCGAAGAUUUUGAGCCUAGGCAAAGUGCUACAUCAUACAACAAUGGCGAUCUUGGCACCCAUAAGGAAAAGUUUACCAACGAUUUUGAGCUUAAGCCAAGUGCUACAUCUUACAAAAACAGUGAUUUUAGUGGUCAAAACAAUAAAUUCACCAAAUAUUUUGAGCCAAGACAUAGUGCAACAUCUUAUAGCAACGACAAUCUUAGUGCUCAAGAAAACAUAUACACCAAAGAUUUUGAACCUAGACCAAGUGCUACUUCGUACAUCAAUGGUGAUCUUGGCCAUCAAGAGAACAAAUUUACCAAAGACCUGCCAUCUCUGCUUGCAAUGAUGAUGUGA